GGAGAGGGGACGCGGAGCGCGGAGCGGGUCGGAGCCCAGACCUGCGGGAGCGGCGCGGCGGCACCUCGGUCCCCGGAGCCAUGGUGAAGUUGGGGAACAAUUUCGCGGAGAAGGGCGCCAAGCAGGCGUUGCUGGAGGACGGCUUCGACACCAUCCCCCUGAUGACGCCCCUCGAUGUCAAUCAGCUGCAGUUCCCGCCCCCGGAUAAGGUGGUCGUGAAAACUAAGACCGACUAUGAGCCCAGCCGCAAGAAAGGCAAAGGACGCGCCCACCGGAUCGCCGAGUUCACGGUCAGCGUCACCGAGAGCAUGUCCGAGAGGUUCAAGGUCUCCGUGCUGGUCUUCAUCGCCCUGGCCUUCCUCACCUGCGUCGUCUUCCUGGUCGUCUACAAGGUGUACAAGUACGAGCGCCUCUGCCCCGACGGCUUCAUCCUCAAGAACACCCAGUGCAUCCCCAACGGCCUGGCGGCCUACUACGCGGAGCAGGACCCGCACUCCCCGGACAAGUUCUACGCGGUGGUGAACCACUACAACCUGGCCAAGCAGAGCAUCACCCGCUCCGUCUCGCCCUGGAUGUCCGUGCUGUCGGAGGAGAAGCUGUCGGAGCAGGAGACCGAGGCCGCGGAGAAGGCCGCCUAGCGGGCGGGCCGCUUCUCACGGGGGCCGCCUGCAGGCAGCAGAGGGACUCGGAGGGACAUGUCAUUAAAUAUAACUACCGAUAA